CGAGAAGGGCCUGGGGCUCAAGAGGGGCAUACCCGCCGCCAUGGAAGCUCUCCUUCUAGAAAUGGAAACCCCUCCUGCUUGAGCCAGGCUCCAAAUGGAGGGCAUUUGGGGGCAAUUCCUCCUGGACAGGGAAUCCUCCAUUUAAGAGGUCCUCCAUUCCAACCUUUCUGUCCAGGAGGAAUUCCCCCAAAAGGGCUUCCACUUUGAGCAGGACUAAGAACGGGGCUGUGUGUGUCCUUAGUCUUGCCCAAAAUGGGCAAGUCUCAGUCCUGCUCAAAAUGGGGGAUGUCUUGGGAAUCCCUCCUGGACAGAAAGGUUGGAAUGGAGGAACCUCCCCCUCCUUGUUCUUAGUUCUGCUCAAAAUGGAGGAGCUUUUGGCACUUCCUCCUAGACUAGAGAAGGUUUAAGUGGAGGAUGUGUCUUGGGCAGGAGGAAGAGGUUCUGGUCACCCUGAACCCCAUUCAGAGUAAUCCCUCUUAGGGAUUUUGCCUUUUUAUGUCUUAUUUAGGUUGCCUUAUCCACUCUGGCACUUUCCAGGCUCAUUGCACUACAAAUCCCACUAUCGAUCUGAUUGGUGGCUGGAGCUGGUGGGAUUCAGAGUGCAGUAGCACAUCUGGAAAUUGCAACAUUAACCUGAAGUGGAUGCUGUUCGUAAGGGGGAAAAAUUGCAGUGGUGUAUAAAUAUCCUUGCAAUGUCAAUUCUUGCUGAACCAAAUGUACUUUUAAAUCCAAAGAGCUUGGUGGGGAUUCUGUUGUUCGGGAAGUAGUCCAAAAGAGCAGCUUUUUCCAACUCCUGCAUCUGAAUAUCAGACUCCGAAACUGAAAGUUAGUGAUUAUUGUCCGUACUGCAGAAAUAAUUCAGUUUGAGACCACUUUAACUACCCUGCCUCAGUGCUUGGAAAUCCUGGGAAUUUUAGUUUUGUGAUUUUAAAAUAGAGUGUUUUUAAAUAAGCCAGCAAGGCCAGUUACACUUUUACUCUUAUUUUUAGCCUUCUCUGUCAGAGAGCUCUGGUGCUACAACAGACUACAAUUCCCAGGAUUCCCUUGCACUGAGCAGUUAAAGCAAUCUCAAACUGGAUUAUGUCUGCAGUGUGUUUUGGACCAUGACUAUUUAAUGAUGCUCAUCUUCCCAGAGUUUGAAAAUGCUUGUUUUUAUCAUCUCAGCAGUUUUUUAUUGAAUAGAGAUGUUUGUGCUUUCAGUCCAGGAAGGGCUGGUAGUUAUAGGAUGGGUAGAGCAGUGAUGUGAAAUCUCUGUUUAUUAUUGAUGGCAGCUGGUAGGGGUUGUCAUACUUGGUAAGCAUACCAGAUCUGUAAGCUUUAUGGGGUGAUGUCAUUUCUCCCCCAUCAGAGUUCAAGUUGGAAAGGGGUGUAAUAAUAUCCUGGUAGCAGAACACACAACACAAAUGAAGGAGAAGCCUGUGCGGUUCUGAUUCACAAGGGAAGGCUAGAAGCCGUAUUUCUAAGGGAAGAGGUGGGAAGAAGCUUACAUUUUCUGCAGCCUGGCCAUAAGUACAGAGAAACCCCCUGUGGCUCCUCUUGUGCAUUUUACUAAAGGCAGCAGCCAUUUAUAAUUCAGUAGUAUUGGAAGCUACUGGGAAACAUGGAAAUAUUAACAAAGAGAUACUCACUCCCUUUGGAAAGUCUUUGAAGAUGUUUGAACAGAAGAAAAGGACAAGAAGAAGCAUCUUUCUCUGUUCUGUAGGCACUGAGGUGAUCCUGCAACUUGCAGUCAGCUAAACCACUAAAAUAGUUGUUGGCUUUUUGCCCCACUGACUGAAAAAAAUGAUCUACAUUACCUGCAAAAGAACGUAUCUUACACAGUUAAUGUAGCCACAUGAAAAUAUGCGAACUUGCCUAAUAGCCUCUGUCGCUUGGACUGCUUUUCAUUCACAUUGUCUGUAAAAUCCACCAAACUGCAUUUCAAGAGAGACAGGCUAUGCAAUAUACCUUUUUACUGAAGCAGAAGAUGCUGGAUGUUGGUAAAUGGCCAAUAUUUGCUCUCCGCUCGCCAGAGGAGCUGAAGCUAAUUCGUCAGGCCUGCGUAUUUGGCAGUGCGGGCAAUGAAGUACUUUAUGUUACUGAAAAUGAUGAGGUUUUUGCCCUUGGCACUAACUGCAGUGGCUGUUUGGGAAUUGGUGACACACAAAGCAGCAUUGAACCCCGAAGAUUAGAUAUUUUAUGUGGCAAAAAUAUAACUUGCCUUAGCUAUGGAAGUGGACCCCAUGUUGUUGCAGCAACUGCUGAAGGAGAAGUAUAUACCUGGGGCCAUAAUGCUUACAGCCAGCUGGGAAAUGGAACAACCAACCACAGUUUACUGCCUUGCCAAAUCUCCACCAACUUGGUAAACAAAAAAGUGAUUGAAGUAGCCUGUGGCUCCCAUCAUUCUAUGAUCUUAACAUCUGAUGGAGAGGUGUAUGCAUGGGGAUAUAAUAAUUCUGGGCAGGUCGGAUCUGGCUCAACAGCAAAUCAGCCAAUUCCUAGGAGAGUUACUAGCUGCUUACAGAAUAAGAUAGCCAUUAACAUUGCUUGUGGCCAGAUGUGUUCAAUGACAGUAGUUGAAAAUGGGGAGGUUUAUGUUUGGGGUUACAAUGGUAAUGGCCAGCUUGGAUUGGGCAAUAGUGGAAAUCAACCAACCCCGUGUCGAAUAGCAGCUUUGCAAGGCAUUCGUGUGCAACGGGUUGUUUGUGGCUAUGCACAUACAUUAGUGCUAACAGAUGAAGGUCAAAUGUAUGCUUGGGGAGCCAAUUCAUAUGGCCAGUUAGGGACUGGAAAUAGAAGCAACCAGUCGUAUCCUGUGCCAGUCACUGUGGAUAAAGACAGAGUCAUAGAGAUUGCUGCAUGUCACUCUGCUCAUACCUCUGCUGCUAAAACCCAGGGUAGCCAGGUGUACAUGUGGGGUCAGUGCCGGGGACAGUCUAUCACUCUUCCAUACCUCACCCACUUCACCUGCACUGAUGACGUGUUUGCUUGUUUUGCUACUCCUGCCGUGACAUGGCGUCUUCUUUCAGUAGAACCUGAUGACCAUUUAACAGUAGCUCAAUCAAUGAAGAAGGAAUUUGACAACCCAGAUAAUGCAGAUUUGAGGUUUCAAGUGGAUGGAAAAUACAUUCAUGUUCAUAAAAUCCUUCUCAAGAUUAGGUGUGAGCAUUUCCGAUCAGUGCUGAACAACAAUAAUGAUGAAAUUAUAGAAAUAAGUGAAUUCUCAUAUCCUGUUUACCGAGCCUUUCUGGAAUAUCUUUACACAGACAGCAUCAGUCUCGCUCCUGAGGAUGCUAUAGGUCUGCUAGACUUGGCAACGUUUUAUGGUGAAAAUCGACUGAAACGUCUUUGCCAACAAACCAUCAAACAGGGUAUUUCUGAGGAUAAUGCAAUUGCCCUUCUUUCAGCUGCCGUCAAGUAUGAAGCUAAGGAGUUAGAGGAGUUUUGCUUCCGAUUUUGCAUAAACCACUUGACUGUAGUUACUCAGUCUCCAGGCUUUGCAGAAAUGGACCAUGACCUCUUGAAGAACUUCAUUAGCAAAGCCAGUCGGGUAGGAGCAUUUAAAAACUGAAGGAAGGACUUGGUGCAUCAAACUGGAAAAAAAUUCUUUUGGCAUGGAUGCUUCUGGCUCCGAAUCUGAAGUGCCAAGAUACUGUCUGGACAUAAAGUGAACUUCUCGUUUAAGCUAAUAUUACUGCAGUGUGGGUUGCGAUCAUAACCACCGGCUUUGUGGUUUGAGAUGGCAAGCGACUGGACCCAAAAUCACAUAUCAAAUAUCUUUCCCCCUUAAUACUAAGGUAGGAUGUGAAAUAUUUUUCUCCUUGAAGUUAUUUGUCCUUGUUUGGGGGAAAAUGGAAACUUUUCUUUGGUGCAUUUGAAUUAGAAACAGUGAUGUUGAUGAUAGUAUAGAGUGGUGAAGUAAAACUGCUGCCAAGAACAUACUAAGGGAACACUUUCUAUUUAGUUGAUGGGGAAGGGAUAGGAGGAAAAAUGCACUGCUACCUGACUUCUUUUCUGCUGCUUUGUUUGUGGACUUCCCCCACUGCCAAAGCCUUAGUUAAAACAUGCUCAAAAAACUGUCAUCUCUGGGGUGAGGCCUUCUCUCUGAUCAGAAUCAUGUAGGUUGCCUUUCAAAUGAAUAUUUGAAUAAAUGAAUGAAGGGAUAUUUCAUAUGUAGUACUUGCUUGCUGAAACUCUCAGAAAAAAAGAGACAAGAAGGCAUCUGAAAUUAAAAAUAGAAAGUUUUGUUUUCUGUCAGCUGUAUUGUGGCAAAAUCUUUUAGCAGCCAAAACUCUCUCUUGUUGGAGAACUUAGAACUAGAUGUGGCAAAUUCUAUAAUUCUCUUAGCCAUUUAUGACAAACUUACUUGCCAGACAAUGAGCCUAAUAAGAAAUUGUUAAAAUUAUGUGUAGACACUAAGAGUUUGAGAGAAACAAUAUCAUCUGUCUUAAAUACUGUUAUGGAGCAAGAGGUCCACUUGCCUUAUGCACGUGGAGGCUUAGCAAAAGUAGAUAGUCACUAACUGUAGUGACUGGAGGAUGAGGAGGUCUCUUUAUAAUAGCUUUUAACAAAACAAUCAGGCACAUAUCCACAAGAUUUAAUAUUUGAUUUGAAAAGCUCUUGGCAGAUUAUAACAUCACUAAUUACCUUUUUGUAUUUACUGCUUUCCAGUUGAUCAGUACUUUUGCCACUUGUCUGUUGCAAUCUAUUAAAUCCAGACAAUUACUUAUGUCAGUAUUUAAGCAUUAUAAAUAUGAAAAGGUAACAGCAUAAGGAGUGCAGGCAUCACCACCUAUUGUCCAGCAGCUUCUCUACAGACCUGCUUUUUCAGUCUCAAUCCACUUUGGAAGAUGAAUAGAGAAUACGCUGCUUGGCUGUUCUGUCUUUACGGAAGGGGGAACCAAGUACGUAUAAAUGUCUAAAUCUCUCCACCAAGCAUAAUUAAUCUAAUUUAUUCAGAUAAAGAUGAACAGCUAUAGUGGGUUUGAUCGACAACUACUAAAAUUCUUCCUAUCUGCCCUUAUUUGUUACUUUAUUUAUAUCCUUCCUUUUCCCAACAUGGAAUCUAUUGUGGAGCUGAGGAGCCUGAUUAAACUCAAUUCAAAUGUGGAAACUCAGUUCCAAUCAUGCCUCACCACCAGGCAAGUUAGCUGGGGUUAAUGGGAGAUGGAAGCCAAUACCUUACAGAAGGUCAAAGAUUCCCUGCUUCUCUAGCGUUUCUCUCCACAUAUCUUUUUCAAGAGGUAACUUGCAGAUAAUCUCUAAGCAAGUUCAGUUCUUAAACAAAAAUCGGUUUUAAAAACAGUUCUGAGAACUGGUGCAAGCUUAUUUAAAAAGGAAAUUGCUAUCAAGGCACAUUUUCUAUUUCUGUCUAAGUUGCCUUUUAAAGAAGAAUGGUAGCAGCACUCACUGUGGGGCUACUUUGGGGGCAGCUGCUGUAUUUAAAAAUGUGAAUGAAUGUUAGCAUCUGUUUGGAUCACUACACAGAUAUAAAAUGGACUUUCUUCAGCUAGAUGCACAGAGGUAUGUGUUUCCUUUGUUUACCGAUUAAAACCAAUUUUACAUCAAAUGAUUUCAUAUAUUCUUGUGGGUAUAUGUGCAACAUAUUUAAAACAGGCAGUGCUCUGCAGUUUUUAAGUGUGUACUCUGUUCUAAAUCCCAUUGUUAAUCUUGACUAGAGUGUGUCCAUUGAAUCAAUGGGAACUUACUAAAGUCAGCGCUCAUGUAGGUUCCACUGAUUCCAUGAGUCUCCCCUGUUGGGGACUAACAAUUGGAUAUUUGGGGCUUAAACAGACUAAAUGUUCUAUAUGGAGUAAUAAUUACUGAGGAUCAAGAUCCUCCAUAACACUCUAAUUCAAUUAUGGUGUGUUUGCAGCAUAUAAAUACUUUCUUCAAUAUUUUGUUUAAUUAUAAAAUUGAGGGAUAUUCUACCAUACCAUGAGGAUUGUAGUGAGCAUUUAUGAUUAAAUUACACAUUUGUAUUUUUCCAUGCAAAUGUGUCAACA